AUGCAUUCGGAAAACUUGAAAACUUUGAGGAGAGAAGAAUUCGGAUAUACGCUGUCAUACAGAACGCGAUGGAGCGACAAUGACCAGUACCACCAUAUAAACAAUUCCAUCUAUUACCACCUUUUCGACUCAAUAGUCAACACGUAUCUCCUAGAAUCCUGUGGACAGAAUUCUCAAGAGUCGCACUCAAUCGGGCUUGUCGUUUCAUCCUGGUGUCAGUUUUUUGCUCCGUUGUCGUUCCCAGAUAUCCUCGAUCUCUGUCUCCGAGUCAAGAAGCUUGGCGACAGCUCCGUGACGUAUGAAAUAGGUGUAUUCAAACAAGGAUCAAAUUCACCUACGGUUGUCGGAGGGUAUAUUCAUGUCUUUGUAGACCGCAAGAGUGGAAAGAGAACUGCUAUACCCCUUGCUGUUCGAAAUGGCCUGGAAGCGUUG